AUGGCGAGCCCCCUUCAGACGGCGCUGGACGCAGUUGCGCCAACUGUGGAUGCCGCUUUCGCUGCGUACGAGAAGGACAAGGAGGUAGUCAAGACAUGGGACAAGAUUGUGGAGACCUUGUCGGAGCACAGUUCCUUGCUCUGGCCUCAGCAAAUCUUGCCUCGAUUCGUAGGCGUCGAGCCCAAUAACCGCGGUGGGAUUGGAGUCUGCUUCCAGAGCGCCUUGAACAGCGCCGCCAAGCACUGUGGCGCUGGCUGCAGCCUGGCUCGCGCCAACCAAGGGGCGUUCGCCGUCCAGGCGAAGCCUGGCACCGCGCGCACCGAGGAGCUGCUGGCCUUCAACAAUCGCAUUGCUGCGACGCAGGGGAUGCCUGAGUUUGAGAGUAUCUUCGCAGUCUCGUUCGGAAGUAGCCACAACACUUGCUUCCUCCGCGGGGCAAGCGCAAGGACGGAGUGCGCCAACCAGAAGCUUGCCCCCACUGGGAGGCUUGACCCUUCCGACCUUGGAGGCAAGCAUCCCAGCCUCAGGAAGGCGCUUGAGCAAGGCCUGACCUGGACGAUCGUUGCCGAGGAAGUCGUGGAGCGAUGGCCUUCCUUAGUGCCGCUGGGGCAAAAGGCGCUGAAUUGGCCAGGGGAGCAAGAUCAGUCCGAGUUGGAGGGCCUGCUGACGAUGCACAGCAACUACGCCCUCGCCACCGGCGCGAAGAAGUCCGAGCAGGAGGCGUGGAGUUACGCUGAGAGCGAGGCUCUGACCGAGCUGAGAGACAUGAAGAAUGCGGCGGUGAAGGCCCCGAAGACCGCCACCGCGAACUUCGGUUACAUCGGAGGCGCGUUCUACGAGAAGCCCGCGAGCCUCAAGUGGCCUGGGGUACUGCAGCUCCACCGUGUGCGCGGUGCGGCGUUCCUCUCGAAUGCGCUCAGCCCCUUGGAGAAGGUGGUCGGCUACAAGUGCUCCUUGGAGAAGGCGUCCGACCUCAACAAACUCGUUGCCAAGGGGUCCCAAGCUGCUGUGCUCCAAGCUGAAGGCAUGAUGGAUUUGGCGAGGGAUAUGCUGGCUGAGCAUAAUGUCCCAAGAGCCAAAUGCAUGGAGAUGCUUGCGCUGCACGACACUGCCCUCGCCAACCGCGUCCUGAGGAAGGGCAAGCAGAGCAGGCAAGGCAAGGAGCACGAGUCGCUGGAGCACGCAGGUCAACCAUUUGUUGACCAACUGUCCGCCUACGUCGGCACGCCAUUGGACAACCCUUGGCUUCCCAACGAGAGGAUCCUCGGGAAGAGGCCGCGUCAGGUGGUUGCUACCAGGAGCAGCGACGACCUAGCAGAGCAGCAGGAGGAGGAGCCACAGUCCGCGGCCGCCAGCUUGACGACGCAGUCCAUGGCGCAGCUGAAGGACGCUGCGUUCCAGAUGCAGAGGCUCGGCUUUACCGAGGGCUGCAUCGUGAAGAGGAGGAGCAGCGGCGCCAGCAAGGACAGCAAGGACCAGUGCACCCACUACACGCUUGAGCAGCUCACCGCAGACGGCGCCACGCUGAUGCCGACGGGCGUCUUUGAGAAUGGCCAACCCUUGCAGCUGGACCUUGAGAAACUCAAAGCCGACUGGGCGGCCACCACUGCCAAGAUCCAGUACGAGAUCGAUUCCAGCUUGCACUCGCCUGAGGCAUCCAGGGAGUGGAUUGCCAGCCACACCAAGGGCUCCAUCCUAGUGUGCCUGGCGCGCCUGAUCAAGAUCUAUGCCAACCCCUUCUCGGUCAGGACUACAGAGGCAGUGAAAAAGGGCGACCUUGUCUUCGUGCCGACGACGACGAAGAUCGAGGAUCGUGAUGGAGAUACGCCUUGCACUAAGGGGCUCGAUCUCGGCAAGAUGGUGGAGAGGCCCCCCAUCGCGUUCAGCCUGCUAUCCCACAUCGUCCUCCCAGGUCCCAAGUCGACUGCAAAGGCAAUCGUUCCGCCCUUCUGGGCCGUCGCCGAGCCUGUGGAGGGCCAGAAGGCAAACAUGAUCAUUGAGAAUGUAGGCGUGUGCGAGACCACUCAGCUAUCAGUAGAAGGCCUGCUGCAUUCUCACGGCUUCAAUUUUUACUUGCCUGUCAUGACAAACACUGUCGAUCUAAAGGCCAAUGCAGAGCUCCUUUGUUGCCCGUGGCAGCCUAAGAAGAGGCCACGGCAAUGA